AUGACUGAAAUUAUUAUCCCUCCUCCAAAGAUUAUCGAGCUUAUUGACAAAGUUAUACCCGCGAUUAUUAAACAUGGCAGUAAGUUCGAGCAAGCUCUUUUGGAGAAGAAAAUGGAUCAAUUUGAUUUUGUAAAAGAAGAUCAUCCUUUUCAUGCAUUUUACUUACAAAGAUUAGAAGAACAAAAGAACAAAAAGCAGGAAGAAGUCAAAGUACAACAACAAUUUCAAGCCCCAACAGUACCAAAACUUCAAACACCUCAAAUUCAGCCAACAAUCAUACCACCAUCAUUUUCUUACAAGCCACCACCUGAAAUUGGAAGUUUACAACUCGAUGCUAUUUUACUUGCCGCUCAAUACACUGCAUUAUACGGAAAAGAAUUUUUACAAGUUUUAUUCAAAGAACAACAAGAUGUUGCUCUUUUUGACUUCUUAAAACCAGGAAAGCCAUAUUUUGCACUUUUCUCUACCAUGGUUGAACAAUAUCGACUCGCAUUAAGUCCUUCUCAGAAGUUACAGCGCAGACUUGAAUCCGAGGCUGCUUCUUUACAGGUAGUUCGAGCAAAUCUCAUUGCAGAAAAAGAUAAUCAGAAACAAAUUAUGGAAGAAAAGAAAAAAGAGGAAGAAGCGAACAAAGCUGAUGAAGAAAACUCUCUCUACGAUUGGUCUACAUUUAAGAUCGUCCAAACUAUAGAUUACGAUGACCAACCUGCACCUGUUUCUCAACAAGUUCCUCAAAAAGACCAAGUCAGAAAAACUCUUAAAUCUGAACAGAAAAUCAUGCAAAUUUCUCCAAUUACAGGCCAAGAAGUACCAAUUGAAGAGUUCGGAAAACAUCUUAAAUACGAGCGUCAGCACCCACAGUACUUGAAAGACGUAGAAAUGAUGAAAGAAAGAAAAGAAAGAGCGUACGAUUCUUUGGCUUCUGGAUCGCAAAUUGCUCAGAACUUAAAGGACUUUGCGAAUGCUGAUAACGAGCCAAAACCUCAACACAAGUACAUAUGGGAUGGAAGACAAGAGACAAUACAACAAGCUGUGGCCCAGAAAAUAAGAGAACUCGAUGAGGAACCAAAACCAAGACCUGAAUUAAAGAAGAAGAGACCAGUCAUAGGACCUAGCCCUUCUAAAUAA